AACCACUGUUAACAUUUUGGCACAUGACUUUCAGAUUUUUAAUGCAUGCAUACAUAUAGAAAUAUAUGUUUUUGUAACAAAUGCAAUCAUAGAAAGAUGUAUUUUAAAAAGAGAUAAAACUUUUUCCAAACCUCCUCUCCAGUUCCACUUCCCAGAGAUAACCAAUGUUAAGAGUCUAGUGUAUACCCUCCCACUCCCUUCUUCAAGAUCAUAGAAACGUACACAUACACACACACACAAUUUGUAUAUUUUACAAAAAUGCGAUCAUAGAAAACAUUACAUCAAAUUUCCAUGCACUUUGUUACUCAGUACUCACGGUAGGCCCAUAGGUAGAAACUAAGAUUCAAUUAUAGCAGAAGGUCAUCUAGUAAGUGGCAAAGUAGGACUAAACCUUAAGUCCUGUUUUUUCCAGUAGGCCUCAGAAAGCCAUUGGAGGUUUUAAACUGACAUGCUCAGAUCCCUCUGACGUCAGGGUAGGAAGGAGACAGACCAGGUAUCAGAGGGCUGCAGUGGUCUAGGAAGAUAUACAGGUAGGGGGAGCUGGACUAGGGUGCCUGGCGUGUGAAGGCGGACAGAUUCGAGAGAUGGUUUUCGGGAUGAAAUGGCCAGAAUUUAAGACGGGUUUACGGUGACUAGAAUGUUCAGUGCUGAGCCAAUGGGCGACGAAGCUGUUCCCAGGCUCCGCCCUCUUCCUCCGAGGAAAGCCAAUGAGGGAUUGGGGCUGCUUUGAGUUCUAGAACAUUCCAUCUCUAGGAGGCAAGGGCCCCUGGCGUGGGACAAAACCAUUAUGGAGGGGGUAGAACUUCCUGUACUUGAUUAUGAGUACUUCACGUUCUCGAUUCUAAGUCUUUUCUAACCACUGUUGUUGUUUACCACCAUCAGCGACUUUCAGCAAUGUAGUGGGUUCUUUUAGGUCCUGGAGUUCGGGAGGAACCUUUCUCACAAAUUCCCACGCACCCCCACUGUCUCUGGAAGUUGGAACAGUCCUAAAGUAAAAGCCUCGAGGGUUGGCCCCAAGCCUUCCUUUUCCCCCCGGAGUCCUAGAAGGGAAAGGUGCGCUCUCUCUUCAGGCUUCGUCGGUAGGCGUGGUUAGCUGGCACCCUAUCUGGCCCCGGCGUUAGAGGGACAGCCAAACUCCUAAGGUGCUCAGUCGUCAUGUCCUUGAAACCUGAUGACCCCAGUGCUGGGUUCCAGCACAACAGUGUGGUGGCCUUCAUCAAUGAGAAGAUGGCCGGGCACACGAGAGGCCCUGAGUUCUACCUCGAGAAUAUAUCCCUGUCCUGGGAGGAGGUGGAGAACAAGCUCAGGGACAUCCUGGAAGACAGCGCAGUGCCCAGCCAGGCCAAAGACGCCUGUGCCUGGAGCAGCCUGGCCCUGGGCGUGCGCUUUGCCCGCAGGCAGAGCCAGUUACAGGGGCACAGGGUGCACUGGCUGCAUGAUUUUGCCAAACUGCAUAAGUCCGCUGCAGAGGCCUUGGCCACAGACCUAAAGGAGUUCACAGAGCAGCAGGAGAUGGAGCGCAAGGAGUCAGCCUUCCGGCUGCGGCAGACACAGGCAAACCUGGCGGAGAUACAGAAGGAACAGAAGCUCCUGAGGUGGAAGCUCUUACAGCUGGGGUGUACCAGGGAGCAGGGCCAAGCCUCAGAGGAGCCAGGCCUGGCCACCGCCAGUGGGGCUGGGACAGAAGGGGCCUGUGAGGAGGAGGAGGAAUCCCAAGCUGCUGCUACCUCUGUUACUGCUGCUGGUGCCACAGGAAGAGAAAGAAGACAGAAGGAUGCACUGGGGGCAGAAGCCGCAAAGGAGCUGGGUGGAGGCCUCAUGCACCUGGUUGGAGCCAUGGACCAGAAAAAUUACACCACUGAUGGGCAGAGGGAGGGAGAGCUCAGGUCAGUGGAAACAGCCAUGUUUUAUUUCUCUAGGACCAGAGUCACACCACCACCCCUCCCUGUCCAGCUCCCUACCUCAUUCACAUACCUACUCAUGCCCUCAUCCCCCUUCCCACCUGCACCCGCACCCACACCCGCCCGCACCUGCACCCGCACCUGCACCUGCACCCGCACCAUCCCCACCAGCAGCAACAUUCACAGCAGGAGCUCCAUCUCAGACAACUCCCAAGAGGAGGCCCUUUGAUGGUAGCCAGCGGUGUGUUGGGGGGUCCCAGGGAACAGACCCUCAAGAAUCCCAAAGAGACAGGAGAGAUUCCAAACCCCGUCAGCAGAGAAGACCUCCCAUAUCUCGCAGGCCUGGGGAUUGGGACUGCCCUUGGUGUAAAGCUGUGAAUUUUUCAAGGAGGGAAAUUUGCUACCGCUGUGGGAGGGGAAUCUGGCUGCAAAGCCCUCAGUAAUUUUAGAAAUGUGAAACCCCUGAACAAAAACAUAUACCAAUGGGAAAUCAAUUUUCAAGGUUGGGGGGAGGUGAAGGAGGAAACUGGGUGGAGUGGGGGAGGGGAUGGGUGGGAGGUGGGGUGGGAAGUGGAGAGGGUGUAGAGUGACAGGGAGAGACAUGUUUUGAUUGACCCCUUUGUGUUCCAGAGCAUUAGCAUUCCACACCCCAAAAGCACUGUAGCUUCUGUUUGUAUGUGUCUCCCUCCCCAACCCUUGUAUCUGGUGGACCUGAGCAGCCAUGUAUAUGGCAACCCACCCCUCUCCCCACCUAGGCUGUAUAUGAUUGGAGCAGGAGUGGCCACCUGACCCAUCCUGAGCCAAACAGGUUCUCACACUAGAGAAUGUGAACAGAGAGGCAGAUUCCAUAGUCAGGGUGGUGUUGGGUAAGGAAACAGUGGGUUAUUUGGAGUUGGGGCCAAGCCUGGUACUGGUGGUUGUCAGGGAGCAGGACUGUGUGCUUUAUAGAAGCCAAAUGUCUUUUAGAGAAUGCCAGAAUGGGGUCCCAGGGAGCAGAUAAGGCACAGAGAAGCAGCACAGGAGUUGAUCCUGCAACCCUAAGAGUUGGAGAAAUGGUAGCAUGACCACUUUUCCAUUCUCUGCAAUAGUGCAAUCGUGAAAAUCCAAUCUACACAGAUCCCCAUUUCUUUAAGCUAACUUGAGUGGGUUCCUGUUCUGGGCAACCAGGUUAUUUCCAAGUCAGAAAUUGGCACCAGAAGAGCAGUUACAAACCAUAGAUUGUCAAAGAAACUGUCAGAACUUGGCUGGGGAGGAGUAUCAGAGAGUUAUGGGUAUAGUGAGGAUUCCUGCAUCCUCACUGUUUCCAGGAAUGAAUUGGACAGGAAGCUUGUUCAUGUUCUGAUCAAGUUAUAUUGUGAGAAAUGAUCUAAACAGGCCUGUAGUUAACCCUGGGCUUACAACACAGCAGAGAUUUGCCAUCCCUAAGAAAAUCCUUCAGGUCUACAAACAGGGGACACCAGCACCAGUUGCAGACAAGGACUGCUAUGGCUGUCUAGCUCCACAACAGGAGAACCCUCCCCAAUCCCCAGUGGCAGAACUGGAAACUCCUGCCACUGCCUAAGAGGUGAGUCAGCAACUGAUAGUGCCCAGAGCGUUUACUGGUUUAGACCACCGACCAGUGUGGUGCCAUCCUGAGGGAUUCUCUCUCCCAACCCACCACCAGAAUAAUACUGGGAGGGGAAUCUGGCUACAAAUCCCUCAGUGAAUUCAGAAAUGUGGAAUAGAACAUAUCCCAAAGGGAAAUCAAUUUCCAGGGGGAGGGGGUAAACUGGGAAAGAGGGAGGGGAGAGGAUGGUCUGUGUCUCCUUUCUCAUGACUGUGAGUGGUGUUGAGGGAGGCUCAAUGUAUGGGUUAGCCCACAGAUGGAAAGAUGGUGAGGUUUCACACCUGGACCAUAAUAAGACAACUAGAAGAGCCCUGGAUAUUACCCAGGGACUCUCUUGACCUAGGGUCUGAAGCUGUCAUGGCCCUGGGACAUCUCUACAGCAGCUGGCUGUGACUCUGGGCUGUCUCCUAUUGGGGCAGGUGUGGACAACCAUCAGGGUUUGGGGCAAGAGCCCUAACUUGCAUUUUCAGAAAACCUCUGGGCUCAUUUAUAGCCUUCUAGGGCAGGGCUCAUCUAUAUCUUUCUAGGGUACUCUUGCCACUUGAGAGUGAGUAAUUCUUUAUUGCAGGGGGCUAUCCAGUACACUGUAGGAUGUUUGGCAGAAUCCCUGGUCUCUACCCCCUAGGUGUCACAGCCAAAAAUGUCUCCAGAUAUUGCCACACGUCCACUGGAGAGCAAAACUGCCACUGUUUGGGAACCAUGGAGGCAGGGAGGUCCUUAGGAGCAGUCAGAACAGGGGGAAGGGAGAUGCAAGUAGAGCAUAUUCUGCAGUGCCCGUGGCUGCAGGGGAGACCUUAAGAUAGGAGGUGAAAAGUGUUCACUGGGUCUGCUAUUCACUUUUGAUCUCUGAGCAGAUCUAGGCUGGGGAGGGGCAGAAGCCAAACCACAAGGACUGGGGAGUAAAUAGGAAGCAAGGAAGUGCAGUCAGGGCGAGCUCUUCGAGUAGUUCUGUCUGUGAAGGGAAGGAGUGGGGUUGGAUACAGGGCUGAGAGAAGAGGGUUCUUUGGAACAGGGGAGAAACUUGAACCAUGGGGAAGGAGACAGCUGAAGAAAGCGGAGGAGACAGACCCCCGCAUACUGUAUUGGAGGCAUGUCCACUGUACUGUUCAAUGAAAAAAAAAAUAAGCCAGUUUUGUGUGUGUGAAACAAAACCCCCCAAAGUUCUGUAACUCUGCAUAUGUAUGAUACGUAUAUUAUAGAUUUAUAUGUGCCUUUUGUUAUUGAUGUUAUUGAUUGAUGUUUGACAAAGCAUAGAAAAGGUCUGGAAAGACAUUUAGCAAACAAGGUAUUACCUGGGGAGGGUGAGAUCAGGGUCAGGGGAUGGUAAGCAGGAGGUGGGGUGUUGGGGAUAUAAAGUGGGGUGGGGUCUGUCUGGGACAAUAGG